GCGGCCAACGAGAAGAGUGAGUGUAGUGCCGCUCUCUCCGCCGAACACAUCGUACCAUCGCCUCUGCCGCAGCCGCGGGACGACCUGUUCGAGUGGCGCGCGCCCCGAAGUCAACCAAACACCCUGUUCAGGGCCACCUUCGGCCUGACCACGGCAGUUUCGCCGAAAGGACUUUCCCUGCCGAAUCUCGACAAAUUUCAUUCGCUGAAAAUGCGGGAACUUCACUUUUUCGUCUGCUUUCUUCUGCUGAUUUCAACAAAAGGAUCGUUUGCUGAAAACCAGCCAUACCUUUCAAUACAGCCGGUGGAGCCUGUGCAAAUCAAGCCCGUGAACAAAGCGGUGCUAUUGACGUGCAAACCGUCCGGCCAGAAGGAGCUUUUCACUGACCUCAAGUGGACCGACCCGCGAGGCGAAAUCGUCAAGCAGGACAAUUCAUGGCCAUCCACUAGGCAAGGACAAGCAGUCUACACGGAGAAUUUGGGCAGCGACGGCACCCUCGCGCUCAUCAUCAGGAACCUGAGAGAGUCGGAGGCAGGCGAGUACACCUGCUCGGCCACCUACGCCAACUCUGAAAAGUUUGUCAAGAAAGUUCGCAUUGAAACCUUUGUCGCGAUUACCUGGGAGGAUGCACCAGUUGAGCAGUACCCCAUCCUUCACUCCGACUACAAAGUCAAGUGCAAGGUGCACGCAAACCCGGCUCCAAUUGUGGACUGGUUCAAGAAUGGCGAGGCCCUUACCACAACUGAUCGCUACGUGAUCGAGGCCAACGGACUUCUGAUCAGAAAGGUGGCUGAAUCCGACGAUGGUACCUUCACUUGCAGAGCAAUCGUGAUGGAGACAGGGGAAUACCAGGAGAGGCUAAUUAAGGUGGAAGUUCACACUCCUCCUUCGUUUGAUGAUAUGCCUACUGAAGCCGAAGUCGUCGAGGGUGACUCUGGUAGCAUCACCUGCAGAGCCAGGGGCAAGCCUAUUCCUAACUACACUUGGAUCAAGGCUGACACCAGAGAAGAACUGUCCAACAGCCUCAGGUUCUCUACUAAUCCUUUGACUGGAGUUUUGACUGUCAACCCUGCUGAGAAGAAUGAUCGCGGAAAGUACAUCUGCAAGGCAAAGAACGCGGCUGGAGAGGUUCAGCGCCCUGUGCACCUUGGAGUGGUUGUCCGUCCGCACAUCGACGAGCUCAUCAACAUCUCCAUCGCUGCAGGUGCUCAGGAGGCACAUCUCAAGUGCGUCGUCUCAGGAUGGCCUCUGCCUCACGUCACCUUCCAGCGAGUUGGCUCCAACGAAAGAUUCACAAACGGAGCCCAAGAUAGUGACGACCGCAUUGUUCUCGAGCAAGAGAAACUGGCGCCUGCGGUGCCUGGAGGUGAAGAAAGAGCACAAGGCCAUCUGAUCAUCAGUGACCUGCUGAGGUCUGACGAUGGCCUGUACGCCUGCAUUGCUUCCAACAAGGGUGGAGAGGCCCUCAAGAACGGACACAUCACUGUAGAAUUCCCACCGUCAUUUGCCGCGACGCCGUUGAAGGAAGCCUGGAGCUGGGACAACCACCCUGUGAACAUUUCUUGCCUUGCAGAGUCCAUCCCAAACGCCACCAUCACCUGGAGACUCAACGAAAGAGAAAUCGACCGAGACGGAAAUAUUCAACAGAUUGGAAAUGGACCCGAGAGCACCCUUCAGAUUAUUCCCAUUGACCGGCGGUACUACGGCGUCUACAAGUGUAGAGCAAAGAAUAUUCACGGCGAGGCUGAACAUGAAAUUCUUCUGAGAGAGGCCCAUCCGCCUUCGGAAAUCCUCCAGGCCAAGCGCGAAGUCAUUACUGCAACAACUAUCACUUUCUCAUUCAUUGGGCCCAAGGACGAUGGCGGUCUGCCAACCAGAGCUUACGCCGUUCAAUACAGAGAGGACAGGCGAAACUGGAACGAGGCGCUCAAUAAAACUUGGCCAGUUGACUCACCAUACAUCUUGGAAGGACUUGAGCCUCAAAAGUCGUACAGCCUGCGAUUUGCAGCCAGGAAUGAUGUUGGUUUUGGAAACUGGGCCGCUGAUGACCAUGUCACCAUGCCUAAGAGAUCAAGUCCAGAGGAGCCGAAAAUCAUCACCAGCCAGGUUUUGGAUGGUGUUUCAAUGUCGCCCUACUUGGACAGAUUUGAGCUCAGGUGGAGGAUUCCUCCCGACAAUGGAGAGCCCAUCGAGAGAUACGAGAUCAAGUACUGCGAGGUUAGGAACUCCACUGAUGGUUGGGUGUCCGAGGGAGGCUGCAGAGACUUGGAGCUCCCAGCAAAUGGCCCUCCGACUUUCCACAUGACCAAACUGAGGCCCAAUACUCACUACAAAGUCGAGCUGAGGGCACGUAACAUAAUUGGCUACUCAACGCCAGGCCAGGUCAUCUUCAAGACUGCCAGGGACCCCACUAAGACAGGACCGGAGCCAAUUGUCGAAGCAAGAGAACCUGCCCUGAGCAGCGGCGCCCUAAUUGGAGUCAUCGUGGCUGGACUUUUUGUCGUUUUUGUAAUUGUGGACAUUUCUUGCUUCAUCUUCAAUAAGACCGGUUUGACUCAUUUGAUUACCUCCCAGUGUGGCUCAAAACAGAGGAUGGACGAAGAAAUGAACAGAAAUGCCGAAAAGGAGCCGCUCAAAGGUCCUGUAGUGCUGAUCAAUGAUGACAGUUUGAAAAAGGACACUGAAGUCGAGUACGACGCCAAAGUGGACGGCGCCCGCAUCAUGGUUGUUCCACCUCGUCACUCUGCCGUUUAACAAUUAAUGAACCUUCUGAGGGACAUCCAUCCGGAUUGAAUAGAUUUUGCAUUUUGCUUAGUUGUUCGAAGAGAAUUUAAGUGAGACUGCCGCACACCAUCAACACGCUCACUCUCUAGAUUCUAGUCUAGCUAGAGACAAAAGUUCUCAUUCUUUAACACUUUGAUAUGAAAAUUCAGUUUGACUGCAAACAAACAAAACCGAACAAGCUUAAGUCAGCGUGUAUUUUUUCAACGGGCCAUAUUUUUACAUAAGUUCAUCACGCAUACAGAAAUUUUAUAAGACUUGGAUUUUACAGAGCAAGAUCUCACUCCGGCUCUUUCUCAGCUUAUUGCAUCACACACCUGUACUUAUUUUUCCACGGCUGCCUUUUAAACUUUGCAAAUCUAUAUUAUUGCAGAGUAAGAUGCAAGAGUGAAGGAACAAUUUGUUUCCAAUUCACACUGAGGUGAGCUUCUGCCUCUCAUACAAUUAAAAAAAACUAUUCUUUCGUACCAACUACUAACCCAAUGAAUUGUGUGGAUACAUUGUACUAUUAUAAAAUGAAAUUUAGGAGUUAAGUAUUAUUUCAUUAUAAGAUUUUUAGGAAGCAUUAAAAAAAAUGAAGCAAAUAGGAUAGAAUUGUAUACAACUAAAUAAGAGUUAAGUUGGAAAUGCUGCACAUUUUACAUUAUUAUGUCUACCAUUA